GGGUUUUGGGGAGUUAUUUGGGGUUUUUAAGAGGGGAGCCUGGCGGUGCUGCAGGCCCAGGGGUUUAUUUGGGGCUGGGGGCUGUAUUUAGGGGUGGGGUACUGGGUUGGGGGGUCCUGUCCGAGCCCCCCGUUUCUCUCCCCACCCCAGAGAAUCGGCUGCUGCCCACGGAGCUGCGGCACGAGGCGCUGGCCCUGCAGAAGGAGCUCGAGUUCGACUUCGAGGCACCGGGGGGUGAGUGGGACCCCCAAAUUGGGGGAGAGGUCUGUCCCCUCCCUGUCCCCUCCCUGUCCCCUCCCUGUCCCCCGCAGGUUGGGACCAUCCUCAAGCACCUGUUCCCGGUUCCCCGUCCCGACAGUCGCCGCGUGGUGACCUUCGCCAACGAGGACGACGUCAUCCUCGUGCGGAACCACGUGUACCGGCGCCGGGGGCGGACGGUGGAGCUGGAGGAGGUCGGACCCCGCUUCCAGCUGAGGCCCUACCUGAUCCGCCUGGGGACCCUGGAGCAGGGAGAGGCGGCCGACGUCGAGUGGCGCUGGCACCCGUACACGGCCACGGCCCCCAAACGGCGCCUGCUGAGCGCCACCUGAGCCCCCCCAGCACCUGGGGAGACCCCCCAGCACCUGGGGAGACCCCUGAACACCUGGAGAGACCCCCCUGAGCACCUGGAGAGACCCCCCAACACCUGGAGAGACCCCCCUGAGCACCUGGAGAGACCCCUGAACAUCUGGAGAGACCCCCCAGCACCUGGAGAGACCCCCCUGAGCACCUGGGGAGACCCCCUGAACACCUGGAGAGACCCCCCAACACCUGGAGAGACCCCUGAACAUCUGGAGAGACCCCCCAGCACCUGGGGAGACCCCUGAACACCUGGAGAGACCCCCCAGCACCUGGGGAGACCCCCGAACAUCUGGGGAGACCCCUGAACACCUGGGGAGACCCCUGAACAUCUGGAGAGACCCCCCUGAGCACCUGGAGAGACCCCUGAACACCUGGAGAGACCCCUGAACAUCUGGAGAACUCCCUGAACACCUGGAGAGACCCCUGAACAUCUGGAGAACUCCCUGAACACCUGGAGAGACCCCUGAACAUCUGGGGAGACCCCUGAACAUCUGGAGAGACCCCUGAACAUCUGGGGAGACCCCUGAACAUCUGGAGAGACCCCCCAGCACCUGGAGAGACCCCUGAACAUCUGGGGAGACCCCCCAGCACCUGGAGAGACCCCCUGAACACCUGGGGAGACCCUGGAGCACCUGGAGAGACCCCUGAACAUCUGGAGAGACCCCUGAACACCUGGAGAGACCCCUGAACACCUGGAGAGCCCCCCUGAGCACCUGGGGAGACCCCAGAACAUCUGGAGAGACCCCCCAGCACCUGGAGAGA